AUGCUUCGGGCCUGCGUACUUGAUUUUGGUGGUAAUUGGGAGGAUCAUUUACCUCUUGUUGAGUUUGCCUAUAACAAUAGCUAUCAGUCGAGCAUUGAGAUGGCUCCUUUUGAGGCAUUGUAUGGUAGGCCUUAUCGUUCUCCUGUUUGUUGGACUGUGGUGGGUGAGACAGCUGCCUUAGGGCCAAACAUUGUCUUGGAAACCAUUGAAAAAAGAUUGCUACGGUUUGGAAAGAAUGGCAAGUUGUCACCUCGUUUCAUUGGGCCAUUUGAGAUUUUGGACCGGGUGGGCGAGGUUGCUUAUAAAUUGGCAUUGCCACCACUGAUGGAUAGGGUCCAUAAUGUGUUUCAUGUUUCGAUGUUGCAGAAGUAUGAGCCGGAUCCAUCACAUGUAUUGAGUUGGGUUGAUGUUGACAUUGAUGAGGACGUUUCUUACGAGGAGGGACCCGCUCAGAUUCUUGACACUCGGGACAAAGUGUUAAGGGCUAAAACGGUGACUCUCGUGAAGGUUUUGAGGCGACAUCACGGUAUUGAGGAGGCAACGUGGGAACGGGAACAGGAUGUUUGUUCUGCGUAUCCGAGUUUGUUUUCUUCACCAGGAAAUGACAGGAUCCUCGCUCAGGGUGCUCCCGUGGAUGGAAAGGAUAGCACUGGUCUAGCAAGAUCUGGGUGA